AUGCAUCUGCGGCGCCCGGACGGGUUUGACGGCUUGGGCUAUCGAGGGAGUGCACGGGAUGAGCGGGGUUUUGGCGUCGCUUUCCCUGCAAGCUCCUUCAGCGCCGGGUCGGACCUGGGCCACUGGGUGACCACUCCCCCAGACAUUCCGGGUAGCCGCAACCUGCACCUCGGGAGGGCGAGGGGCCGGGGGGAGGAGGCCUUCCCCGGGGGUGCCGGCGCGAGCAGCGAACAGUUGAGUAGAUUUGCUGGAUUUGGUAUUGGGCUUGCAAGUCUCUUUACAGAGAAUGUACUGGCUCAUCCUUGCAUUGUUCUGCGCCGCCAGUGUCAGGUCAAUUACCAUGCUCGGCAUUAUCAUCUCACUCCAUUUACAGUUAUCAAUAUUAUGUACAGCUUCAACAAAACUCAGGGACCAAGGGCCCUUUGGAAAGGAAUGGGAAGUACAUUUAUUGUCCAAGGAGUCACACUUGGAGCAGAGGGAAUAAUCAGUGAAUUUACACCUUUACCAAGGGAGGUUUCACAUAAAUGGAAUCCUAAACAUAUAGGAGAACACCCUCUGCUGAAAUCAUUCCUAACUUAUAUGGUGGCAAUGCCUUUUUAUUCAGCAAGUCUAAUUGAAACAGUACAGAGUGAGAUAAUUGGAGAUAACACUGGAAUUCUGGAAUGUGUUAGAGGCAUCGGAAGAGUGAUUGGCAUGGGAGUGCCUCACGGCAAACGGCUGCUUCCUCUUCUCUCCUUGAUCUUCCCUACGGUCGGGGUUCUUCACUACGUCAUCAGCUCAAUCAUUCAGAAGUUUGUCCUACUAAUUCUAAAGAGAAAGACUUAUGCUAGCCACCCAGCUGAGAGCACUAGCCCGGUGCAGAGUAUGUUGGAUGCUUAUUCUCCAGAACUCAUUGCUAACUUUGCUGCCAGUCUUUGCUCUGAUGUUAUACUUUACCCCUUGGAAACAGUGUUUCACCGCCUUCACAUUCAAGGAACACGCACAAUAAUUGACAAUACAGACCUGGGCUAUGAAGUGCUUCCAAUUAAUACCCAGUAUGAGGGAAUGAGAGACUGCAUUAAUACCAUAAAGCAGGAAGAAGGAAUGCUUGGUUUUUAUAAAGGGUUUGGUGCUGUUAUAAUACAGUACACACUGCAUGCAACUGUCCUACAAAUUACCAAAAUUAUUUACUCUACACUUCUUCAAAAUAGUAUUUGA